CCAAAGUCAAUUAAAAAAAAAAGGCCCCUCCGAAGGACAUACGUGUAAAUGCUUAGUUUGGUCGCCAACACGGAGAUUUAUAUGUCGUCAUGACAUAAUGGAAACGAGUGGAAAAUACCUAGGAGUUGGCAGCCAUCCUCCAGACGGUGCAGGCCGCGGACUGCCAUUCCCAAAGACAAAACUUUGCUUUCUACGAAACCUCCAAUUCCCCCCCUCCCCUUCUGCUCUUCUGCUAUAUAUAUGCUCUUCUUCUUCUUCUUCUUCUUCAGACAUAUAUUUCUUCCUAUAGAUAUUAAUUUCUUCUCAGUUCUUGAAACCAUAUCUUUAUUUCCUGCUUAUUCAAAUCAAAUUCAAAGAUGAGCCAAAACCAACAGCAGCAGAUCAGUCAACCGCCAGUUUCAUACCCACCACCAUCCAAGGCACCAGGACCCUAUGCGGCUGCACCGCCAGCUGGUUACCCGAUGAGCAAAGACGACGGUCAGCAGUAUUCCCAGAACCCUGUUGCAGUCGAAACCAAGUCCAGAGGUGAUGGAUUCUGGAAGGGAUGUUGUGCUGCCCUGUGCUGCUGUUGUCUUCUGGAUGCAUGCUUUUGAAGAUCUAUACUGUUUUAUUCGUUAGAGUUUAUUAUUUCAUUGUUUAUACAUACAUUUAGUUUGAUUGUUUGAUUUUCGUACAGCGAGAAUUAUAGGGUUUCUUUUUUAUUAUUUGUAUAAAUGGGGAUGAUCAGACUUUUAGGUUUAUGAUCUCCACACGUACUUGUGUUUGAAUAAAUUAUUAUUCAUUUUUCUCUA